AAACGCAACAUGGCGGACAGUGGAACCGUCGUUAGUUCAGAAGUGGAAAAUAAUAAGGCUGACGAUCAAGUGGCUGAUCAGAAUGGACAGCCACAGGAACAAGCUCCAGCCCGUCCAGGGAUGUUUGGUAUUUUGAAGUCGUUGAUUGUUCGAAUGGUGUUCAUUUACAUGAUCAGCAGCUUCUUCAGGAGACCAUCCUCAACACCAGUCAAGUCUGAGGAUGGACAAGCAGCUGUACCCUACUCAGAAAAUAUGUACCCAAAAGAUACUUUAAUGGACCUUUAUGUGUACAUAUCCUUAGAAGAGGAGUUCACAAACUUCAACAAUGGGGACAGCUUGUUCUGGCAUCAGAAAGGCCUGAUAUAUGGAGACUGGACAAGUGGCGAGGACGGAGAUGGCAGUUAUGUUAAAAGUGGACAAAUACCUACUCCAGAGGUCGUACAGAACAAUGGAUCAAUAUUUUUGCAUGUAUACUUUGUCCGUGCAGGGAAAUCACCAAAUCCUGCAGAAAAGGCACAUUACUCAAGGCGAACAACUGUCUACAAAUCUAUGAGAUUGAACAAGUAUAAAAAAAGGAAGUUCCAUAAAACAGUGAACUUGCUGACAGGCGAGACGGAUGUACACCCUGACCUUAUCCAGAAAAACUCAUCAUUUGAGAUUCUGUCCCACUGGCAUCCGAACCUGACAAUCAAUUUACUUGAUGACCAUUCCCCUUGGAUGAGGGGUUCCAUUCCAGCCCCACUUGAUGAUUUUGUGGAGUUUGUCCCAGGAACCAAUAAGUAUUAUCCAGUACUUUACUUUAACCAGUACUGGAAUCUGAACACUGAUUACCAGCCCAUCAACGACACCGUCAAGGUACUGAAUUUCACAUUGACAUACACACCAAUCUCCCUGCUGCGUUGGCAGAUGUAUGCUGCUCAGGGAAUGAGGAGUAAGUGGUAUGCCAACCUGGGAAUGGACUUCAUUGAGGACAACGACGACGACCAAGAUACAAUCAAGACAGCUUUCCUGGAGACGAACCCAUACCUGCUAGGACUCACAAUUGUCAUUUCUAUUGUACACAGCAUCUUUGAAUUCCUUGCCUUCAAAAAUGAUAUUCAGUUUUGGAAAAACCGCAAGUCCUUGGAGGGUUUGUCAGUGCGUUCCGUCUUCUUCAAUGUGUUCCAGUCAUUGAUUGUUGUGCUCUAUGUCCUCGACAAUGAGACAAACUACAUGGUUCAACUCAGUGUCAUAGUUGGACUUGGGAUCGAGAUCUGGAAAAUACAUAAGGUUGUCAAUGUAAAGAUUGACAGAGAUAACCUCAUCAUGGGAGUGAUACCACGCCUCUCGUUUGAUGAUAAAUCCACUUAUUCGGAAUCUCAAACAAAGAAGUAUGAUAUGUUGGCGUUUAAGUACCUGUCAUGGGCACUGUUCCCUCUACUGGGUGGCUAUGCAGUGUACAGUCUGUUCUACCAGGAACACAAGGGCUGGUACUCUUGGGUACUCUCCAUGAUGUAUGGAUUCCUUCUCACAUUUGGUUUUAUUAUGAUGACACCACAGCUGUUUAUCAACUACAAGCUCAAGUCUGUUGCUCACCUGCCAUGGAGAAUGAUGACCUACAAAGCACUAAACACGUUCAUAGAUGAUAUAUUUGCAUUUGUUAUCAAAAUGCCGACACUCUACCGUAUAGGCUGCUUCAGAGAUGAUAUUGUAUUUUUCAUUUUCCUGUAUCAACGCUAUAUAUAUAGAAUUGAUCCAAAACGUGUUAAUGAGUUUGGAACAAGUCAAGAAAUGUUUGAUCAAAAUGGGACUGCAGUAAUGGACAAUCAAAAUGGGACUGCAGUAAUGAAAGGAGAAAUUUGCCAAUCAGAAGCAGGAUCUGCUGUCAGUCAACCAGAGGAGGAGGAGAAUAUGGCAGAACCAAAGUCAGAACAAGAGAAGAAGAAUGAUUGAUCGUAGCUAAAUAGAUAGAAAUCCAUAUUUCUCAAUGCAUACAUAAACUCUACAAAUAUAAACAGUCUAUAUGUAUAAUCCUAGAAUUUAAGAUUUUUAGGUCACUUGAGACAAAGUCUCAAGUGACCUAUUGCGAUCGCCUUUUGUCCGUCGUCGUCCGUCGUGCGU